GCACGGCUGGGUGCACGGCCGAGUGCAACGGCAGCCGCUGGCGAACCUCGGCUGGUGAUCCGCCCAUCACAUUGCCGGUCUAGUCAUCAGCCUUUCCGAACGCGCCUCAAAGUAUCACUGUUCAUAAGCUCGAUCCGGCAUCACAGUGUAGAUGAAGCCCCAAAGCUGAAGCCCAUCGACUGAAAGCUGCACUGCCGUGAUACGCGCAUCGCGAAUGGCCAUCCGCCAGGACCUGGUCGCUUCGGCGGCUAAAUUCCUCCAAGACCCCAGCGUUGCCUCAACCCCAAUUGAGAAGAAGCUCGCUUUCCUUCAAGCCAAGAACCUCACACAAGAAGAAAUCAAUGCGGCGCUCGCGCGAGCAGGCUCCGAUGGCGCGCCAGUCCAGGCAUCGCCAUCCCAAACAAGUCCCCCAGUUGCGCAGCCGCCGCCGUACGCUGGACAAUACCCGCCACCGUAUCAGCCGUACGGAUGGCCGCAGCCGCCGCCUCAACCAGUCCCGCAUCGUGACUGGCGCGACUGGUUUAUCAUGGCGACGGUGGUGAGUGGGGUGACGUAUGGGCUCUACAGCCUAGGAAAGCGCUACAUCUACCCGCUGAUCGCCCCACCUACACCGGAGCGGCUUGAGCAGGACAAAAAGGCCAUCGACGAGCAGUUCGAGAAGACGUUCGCCCUAGUCGAGCAGCUCGCCAAGGACACAGAGGCGCUCAAAGCCGCAGAGAAGGAGCGGACAGAGCGGCUGGACAUAGCCAUCAACGAGCUCGAAUCCGUCAUCAGCGACCUCCGAUCGGCGAACAGGCGGCGCGACGAGGAGGCACAGCGCGUCAGAGACGAGGUGCAGAACCUGAAGGACUCGAUCCCGCGGGCGCUCAACAGCCAAAAGGACCUGACCGACGCGAGGCUCCGGGAGGUCAACGCGGAGCUUAAGAGCCUGAAGACGCUGAUCACGCAGCGCAUGAACCCGACGGCGACGUCGGCCAGCGUCAGCAACUACCUGCGCCCGUCCGCCAGCGGAAACGCGACCCCGAGCAGCGCCGCCGCUACGCCCGCGCCGGCCGAUAAUGCCGCCAGCGAGAACAAGGAGGAGGCGAAGCCGGCUGCUCAGGACUACCUCUCCAACUCCAGCCGCGGCUCGCCAUUCGGCAGCGGCAUGCAGGCCAAAGCGUCGAUCCCAUCGUGGCAGAUGAUGACGGCUAAGAGCGCGGGAUCAUCCAGCUCGGCGGCGGCGGCAGCGGCUAAUGGUACGGAUGGCGGAAGCAGCAGCGAGGCGCAAGAAGGUGCGGGGAGCGCUUGACAGGGUGCCAUCUGACGGAGCGGGCCAGGGAUAAUAUGGAGGAGGUGUUGAUUCGGUGAUUACGAGAGCGUUGGGUUUGUACACUACCACUGCAGCCGUCACUGAUGGAAGGCCGGUUCUGUACGCAAUGGGUUUCAUGCCUGGU